CCUCUCAGCCUCGGGAGCAGCGACGAGCAUCACCACUCGACAUAGCGAUGCCACACCGGUCGGAAAGGUGAAGACGGGAGGAAAGGUGAGCGCGGCGUGCGAGAGGCCUUGGGAUGGUGUUGAGCCAGAUUGCGACCGGGAUGUGCAGGUGCCCAGCCGAGCCUCUAACCACGGGCCAAGGCGUAUAUUGCGAUCUGGCUGCUCACGGUGCGUGUCCCCCGGCCCAGAAGCAGCGGUUGACAGAGCAGCGUUUCCACACGUCGAGGACCGCGGACUGCUGCUGCGCGGCCCUGAUCGUGACGGGCAUCCGCGGGGUUUUGGUGCCUCUCCGCGCUGCUGGCGGUGCCUGCUGCCGUCGACGCCGCCGUCGAGCGCCCCGGCCCACACUAGGGGGGAGACGCGCAAAAGCUCCCGAAUGUUCUGUUUCCUCGCGGUCUCUGGCCUCCGACCCUUUCAGCCGGCAGUUUUUCCCGUCAUAUAUGGGAGGAGAACAGGUGAGCAUGAGCAAGUUCCUGCCAUGUCCCCAGUCUGUCUGUUUCACACAGAGGGCUGCUACCACUUGUGUGCACAGCGUCAACAGAGCGCUCUCGCGCGGCGCUGCAAUGGCAGGCCUCGAGCGCGGCAUGGCGCUCAGCUCUCGUCGGAAGCCUGCUCUCUCCACAACUGAUGGCGGGGAUCCAUUCCGGCACACGCGUGCCACGCAUGCCACGAGCCAUCGCAAACCAUGGGGGGCCCUCUGCAACCCCUCACUUGCGUUCGGCCUCGUCUGAAUUGCCUUGGUUGGGCGCAGCGGCCUCCAAAGCUCUCCAAUCCGGCCCAUCUGAUCGACAGAGCGACAGGGGCAAGAGCCUUUCAGGACUCGACAGAAGGGCCGGGGCGGCCUCGAAUCCAAAUUGCCGGUGUCGUGGAGCGCUGAUUCCUGCACCUCACCUGCAUCUCCCACAACGUGGCGUGCUGGCCGUCGCCGUCCUCGAGAGCCUCAUGGCGGUGCAGUGCUCGUAGAGCUCCCCAGCUGGCAGCCGCC